GAUCUUUUAGCAUUCAGCGACACUUCAAUAACACUUUGGGUAUAAAAGAAGGACAACUUGCGUGAACUCCAUGCAUGUACUGGAAAGAGGACUGAAGUGAUAAUGAGUGACAAUAGCAAUGUGGUGCCACCCCCACCGUCGGCUCAGGAUGCGCCUGGUUCUACCAGCUCUGCCGCUGCAGAAGCGAGUCGAUUGAUGCCCCCUCCUUCGUCUGUCCCCAAGGCGCACCGUGGAGGAGGUCCUGGAAGACCCCCCAGCAGAGGAGGUCGAGGACGAGGUGGUCGCGGUGGACGAGGGCGAGGCAAACGAGGUCCUGGACGACCUCCCAAUUCCGAACGACAAGGUCCCAAAGCCGAAGUGAGACGAGGACCUGGACGACCUCCUGGCAAGCGCAAGAAAUUGGCACAAGCUCAAGCUGCUGCUGCUGCUGCCUCUGCCGAAGAACCCAAACCCAAACGAAAAUAUACCAAACGAAAACCAAAUGAGGAUGGCGAAGAGGAUGACGAGAAUCACCACAACCAGUACGCAGCUGUGGCAUCUUCUGCUGCUGCCUACGAUACUACUACUAGCAGCCAUUCCAUGGAUCAUCAUGUCCCCGAAAGCCAUUUGUGGUCUCCUCAUCGACCGGCUUCUUCCGGAUAUGAAACAGAUCCAGAAACUGCCUUGGAUCUGACGACACAAAAAGUCUCCACUAUUCACUGGGAUCCCACCGAAGCCAACAAAAUUGGAUGGAAAGUCAGACUCCUCUCGGGACCCUCGGUACAAGAUGGAAGAAUCACACAGUACUGUCCGUAUUCACACAAACACAAAAUCGAAUUGGAUAUUGACGAAGAAAACUGCUUUGAAGAUUGCACUAUUCAUGCACAGCAGCAGCAACAACAACAACAACAACAACAACAGCAAAAGAAAAAGAGAAAAUACGGAAAGAAAACUACCGCCAUGUGGAUACGAUUGCAACAGGAAGAUGUCCAAAUUGCAACACGCAUUGUAUGGGCACAUGUUAAGGGAUACGCAUGGUGGCCCGCCAUGGUCAUGGAACUCACACAGGGACGAAACUCAUCCAUGGCCAUGCCACGAGAAGGAUAUGUAUUUGUGCAUUUCAUUGGCGCCCCGGAAGUUGCCACGCUACGAGAUGCACCCGAUUGCAUAAGACCAUUCUCCUCGCUUGUCGCCGAUCCCGUCAUUGAAAAAUCCAAAAAGAAACGAAAUGCCAAGGCCAUUGCACAAACACAACGAGAAGAAGUACAGUUGCAGAAUUAUCAAAAUCAAGCGGCACGAAUCUACGCAAGAAAAGCAUUUGCCAUGGCCGAUGCCAACAAGUACGUGGGGAAACGCAUCCGACUAUUUUCCUCCGAUAUCAAUUAUCCCGAUGGAGCUACUGUCGUCGGCGUUGUACGACAAUAUUCUUCCUUUCAAAAAAAGUGGUUGGUAUCCUUUGAAUUGUCCUACAAACUCAAGCAUAAAAUGAGUGCCGCUUGGAUCAACUUGAAAGCCAAAGAUUGCUCCUUGACCGUUCUCAAACAACAGCAACCAUCACAAGACGACAAUAGCAAGCCAUCUAGAAAGGCAAAGGAUAUCGUUGUCGAUCCGACCGAUAUGGAUCUGGUGCCAUUUCUAUUUGGAUUCCAAUACAAAGUGACCGAAAAAACACCCAUGGCCACCAAAAAGGCCGGCAAGAAAAAGGACGACAGCAGCAGCAGUACAGCGGCGGAAGCCAGCGAUACGACAACAACCGAAACGACGACUUGUCAAGAUGCCAUAUUGGCAGGCGUUCUCAAAGAAGGAUGCAAAGCCUGUGUCGAUGUAUGGAGCGGAAAUUACACCGUCACGUGUGUCGAGUGUGAGGGGACCUAUCAUUUGGGAUGUGUCGACCCGCCUAUCAGCACGGAAACCUACCAGCGCCUCAUCAAGGAAGGCAAGGGAAAAGUGGUUGGCUGGAAAUGCUCCAGGUGCACUCUGUGUUUGGGGUGCUAUCAAAAGGAUAUCGUCUUUGGAAGUCAUCCCGUGGUACCCAUACCACCUACCGUGUCAUUUCCGCAGGGAGAAACACUGAAACUGUGUUGCAUGUGUGUCAAGGCGUACGAAGCCAACAAAUAUUGUCCCAACUGUGCUCAUUCGUGGGAUGAUGUCAAGUAUCAAAAAGUAUUGGAUCAGCUCGACGAAGAGGGCGUCGGACCACCCGAAGAACCGGCUCCUCCGACCAAAAAAGCCAAGCGAAAAGCAGAUCAGGACGAAGAAGCAUCGGAUGCGGGGGAAGGAAGUACCACAAAUGCCAAAGGAAUGCCCCCAAACACACCCUUUGCCAAUGGGACGUUGAUGAAUGGAGCACGAGUCGACACAUCUUGGUACCAUGCCGAAAACAACGUCUGGGGAUACACCGAAGGAGACAUGUUGGUUUGUGAUUCCUGCGAUUUGUGGGUACAUGCUGGUUGCGGAGGCCUUUCCAGAGACGAAUACGAAUUGACGUCGGAAGGGAAACAUCCAAUCUACUCGAAGGAAUUUCUCUGUAGGGUUUGCUGUCGCCGACGUUGCGUGGACAUUAUUGAGCGAUUGCAGCGGGAAGAUCUUAUGAUGCUGUUCGCCGUUCCAGUGACGGAGAAAGUGGCGCCAAACUACCGCGAUAUCAUCAAGCAUCCCAUGGAUUUGCAGACUAUGAUGAGAAAAGCCAAGAACGAGGAGUACUUGAAUUAUGCAUGGGCGAGAGAAGACUUUGCUCUCAUGGUGUACAAUGCAGUCACCUUCAAUCGAUUCUACACCGACUUUUGGAAUGAAGCAAAGAGAUUUUUCGAACAAUCGAUCAAAGUGGUGUUCUCGCCGAAGAUGUUGGGCAAGGCUGCUCCAUCUGGAAAAUAUGAUGAGCUCAUCCACAAGAACUUUCUAGAUGCAGAGGCCGCGAGGCAACAGGAAGAAGAGCGUGUCCAAGAGGACAAGUCCACUGAAAAGAAGGACCUUGUUGCUGGGGCGGAAGUCGCAAAGGUAACGCUGCCCCCACUUCGUCAGAAACCACCGGACGAGUCGUCCUGUCUGCCAUUCCAGGAAGUGAAAGUCAAACCCGUGGAUGCCUACUUUUGCGCUUGGAUGGAUUGUUGCUUCACGUGCGGAAGCAGUGGAGCAGCCGACACUAUGAUUUUCUGUGUGGACUGCGGAGAGGCUUUUCACUCGUUUUGUGCCAACGUUCCAAUUCACAGUAUGGAUGCCGAUGCUGUUGCUGGGUGGAGAUGUCCUAACUGCAAAGUGUGCGAGAUUUCAGGAGACGUCCCGCUUGACGAGCUCCGAAUGCUCUUUUGCGAAAUGUGCGAUCGAGCUUACUCCCUGGAUUUGCUGGAUCCACCCCUCCGCAAGGCUCCUUCCGGGCUGUGGAUUUGUGGUCAGUGCGUUGAUUGCAAGGUCUGCAACAACAAGUCAGAACCACAGCGGCCUACGAAACAGAAAGGUCUCGCUACAUCUACGAUCAGUCUCAAGUAUUGGUCGAAAGACCCUGAGAAGUGCUAUCGAUGUGGUGGUUGUGAUGGGAUGGCGAACCUGAUUGUGGGCGACAAGCUGUUUUGCCAGGUUUGCAAGAAAGUGCUCCGCUCGGACGAUGGGGACUUUAUCAAAUGUGGUGAUUGCAAGGCCAGAGUUCAUGUUGGAUGCGACCAACGAGCCGAUGAGUUCGUGCAACGACAAAAGGCAGAAGAAAUGUUCGCCACUCGCACUGUGAAAGCGCAGCAGAAAGCAAAGGCAAAGUACAAGUGUCCAGCUUGCGCAGGAAUAAAGAUCGCGGCAACCCCCAAAAUGGAUUAUACCACAGUCGAUACAACGCAAAAGAGCAAUAUGCAUGCGCAGGCGUGGCAAACCAUUGUCCAAGGGAGUUUGCAAUGCGACAAUUAUUCCCCCCUUGAGCUCCACGGGAAACUGUUGGAUCAGCUGGACUGGCAAACGCGAGAGAUGUGGCGAGAUGAGUAUAUUGCCGUUGUCAACGAGGCAAUUCAAUUCUACGGAUUGGUCAAGUCGUCACGCAGCGACCCACGCAAGAUGGUCCAGGGCAUUGCGAAAGGGACUAUUGAUCUGCCCGACUGGAUAGGUGAACGUGCGUCUCGCUUUCUGGUGCUUGCGAAGCGAUCGAAAUGGGAUGUGUCUGGGUUUUCCCCAAAGAAGAUCGAGGGUUGCGUUUUUGCAGCGAAGUUAGGCGCGGCUUUCCUGGCUGUUGCUUGUCAUGGACUGAAUGUAGACAUGAGGCAGAAGCUGAAGAGUUUUGAUCGUGUCGAGCGUCUUUUGAAAGCACCGCACACACAAGGGGUGUUCGAGAUUCCACCGGACAAGGUACGAGGAAAUCAGGACCAAGGGGGGUCGGUGGUAUCACAGCAGGCAACAACUAGCCCGGCAAAGGACAAAGCGGUGCAGCUGGUCGAAAAGAGCAAAAAUAUAGUGGCGUCUCCUUUGUGCGGUUGGGGCCGCCACGUUGAUCCGUCCAGCACCGACAACGCUUGGAGGGAUCCACGGGAGUGUUGUCUCUGCCAUUUGUGUGGUGACGACGAUGCCGGAUUUCCGGAACCGGAGGAUGCUACAUCCAACAAGGCCACAGCUGCAGUUUCUAAAGAGGCAGGAUCCAGCACCCCAGAGAAGGCCCAGCUAGAAACUCUCAGUUCUGAAACAGCCCCCAAAUUCGCUCGCCUCGGCCGCCUUUUACCCAUGUCGGAAGGUCUUUGGGUCCAUGCGUCUUGUGCCAUGUGGAGCAGCGAAGUAUGGGAAUCACCUCGCGGCGGUCUUGUCAACGCGAUGGAAAAGGCGAGAUCACGCGGGGCCCAACUGAAGUGCUUUGGAUGUGGCCGCGCUGGGGCCACUGUCGGCUGCAACAAACCGAACUGUUCGUUCAACUACCACUUUCCAUGCGCCAAAGCAUGCGGGGCCAUCUUCACAUCCAAGCAACAAAUGUUUUGUGUCAACCACAGAGACAACCACAACUCGGGGGGCACUGUUAUCCGCGAAAGCUUUGAAGCCAUGAAAACUCUGAUUGUGGCACCCGAAAAGCAAAAACAACCGACAUCUGGCGCGGACAAGGAUGCAGGAGACAACAACGACUUUUGCAUUCGCGUUGGCUCUUUGGUCAUUCAUGCUCUGGGCAAGAUUGUCACCGAUGUGGAUGGUUUCCAUACGGAUGACUAUAUUUAUCCUGAAGGGUUCGUCUCCACAAGAACCUUUUGGUCGAUGGUUACUCCCAAGACACGAACAGUUUAUGUGUUAAAAAUCGAGAGGAACACUAGCAGCGACAGCGCAGGAGCCCUGUUUACAAUAACGCCAGGAGAUGCUCCAUCUUCCAAGAUUCGCGGUCGCUUUGCCUCCCAAGUCUACAAGACGCUGGUGGAUCGAGUGCGAAAGGUGAACGCGGAGUACUUCUCUCAUGGCGAUCUGUUCUCCAAGCUCCCCAUGAUACGAAAAUCCCGAAAACGAUUCUUUGCCCUGAACGGUCCUCAAUUCUUCGGAUAUGGGCUGAAUCUCGUGCGAGAACGAUUGGAGAACAUGUCUGGCAUUGAAGCAGUGGCGGCUCCUCUGAAACCCACGUCGCCAAAAUACCGCUUUUGCUUUGUGCAACCGAGCAUUGACAGCAUCAUGGACUUGCAACGAAAGCGUGCCGCAGUGGCUGCUGAACGGGCGUUGGAGAAUUCAAGUGGUUGCGCCAGAACUGAAGGUCGUGUUGCUGUUGCUAGGAGCGGUGGCAGUGGGCGCAUUACUCGCGCACUGGUUCGUAGCGUAGAAGAAGAGACCUCCGAGGAAGUGGGUGGCAGCAGCAGCGGGGGCAAUCGGCGCAAAAACACGGAUUCUGAGAAGAACAAAUUGGACAAGAAGCGCCAUCAGGCCAAAUACAACAAAAUGAAGUCAGUUCCGAUUAAAGAUCGCCUGGUGGCUCGACGGUCUCACAUUCAUGGGUGGGGCCUGUUUACAAAGGCUGAAGUCAAGAAGGACGACAUGAUUGUGGAAUAUCAGGGAGAGAUUGUUCGGAAUUGCAUUUCUGACAAACGAGAGGCUGCGUAUGAGAUUUCUGGGGAAGGAUCCUGUUACAUGUUUCGGUUGGACUUUAAUCGUGUAGUGGAUGCAACAAUGAUUGGCUGUAUGGCUCGCUUCAUGAACCAUUGCUGCCAGCCGAAUGCAUACGCCAAGAUAAUCACUGUCGAUACCGAGGGCGCUGGAGUGGACAAGAAGAUUGCCGUGUUUGCGAAUCGCGACAUCGCCGCUGGUGAUGAAAUCACGUACGAUUACAAGUUUCCUGUGGAAGAUGGCAGUCUUAAAUGCACUUGUGGAGCCCCCAAUUGUAUUGGCCGAAUGAACUAGCUGCAGUUUGCCCCUCGCUUAUAAAGCCAGCAAGGAUCUCCCUCGUUGAUUAGUCAUGUACCCUGCGAUAUGACUCACUCGUUGUCACGUCUAGAGACGCCCAUCGUAGGUGCUCCUGACUCUUGCCGGUGUCCCGAACCGCAUGGCAAAGCUGUCGCUGCUGUCCUAUAUGUUCUCUUUUGGGAAUCCUUUCUCGCGAGCCCACUUGGAGACAUUAAACACCUGUUGCAGUUCUACCGUGUACGCGUCCUCCAUUUGCUAUCUAGAUAGGUAAAAAGUUAUAGUGCUUCAAUUUCGCGACUGUC